UUGACAGCACACGUUGUGCAAGCGAGGUGUGUGCGUGCGAUGCGAAAAACGGUCCUUCCGUGCUUGUGUGUGCGUGGCGCGUGUGUGUGUCGUUCCAGGGAAUGGUAAUUGAAAUAAUUUGAGAAAAUUCUAAAUUAAAUUGUUCUUCCUCAAAUCAUUCAUUACCACUGGCGGCAGGUGGCAAAUGAAGUAAACGUGUUCCAUUAUCGGGGUGGUAAAAUAAUAUAUCCCUUUUUCCCGCUAACCCGCUAGAGUUUGCUCCCCCCGGACGUGAUACCCCUGGCGGCUGGCAAGAAGAGAAAGAAGCGUUAAUCUAUUAACUUCAAUUGACUAUAGACGAGUGCCAGCAGCAGCAGCAGCGCGGCAGCAUCCCUUCAAAAAGACCCUUUUCGGCCGCGCAACGCAUUCGCAAAUUGCAUUCUGCAACGAGGGCAGCCCCGUUUUUGUAAAGCGAGUAGCAGCCGGGAAGAAAGGCCGGCGUGUGUGUUCUCUGUCGCUCGCCGUACUGCAACGCGUCGGAGUUUGUGCUGCUCGCAUCGUCGGUACCGUUUUGCUGCCCGGGCUUUGUGCUCCGUGAACCCUGGUCAGGCCAUUAACCUGCAAAUUGGCAGAGAAAGAGACGCAACCGUGUGCUGCGAUCCAGCGUGUGUGUGUAUGUGUUAGUGUUUGUGCGCGUGUGUGAGUGUGUGCAUUGCCGCCAUCAUAUCGUGACCGUGACCGUGGCCAUUAUCGGAAUCGUGCGUGUACACGGGAUUCGCUUUUCCACCAGAGCGGUGCAUUUUCCUCCUUUGUUUGCUGCGGAGCAUCUACCGUUUUAGGUAGAGUGUGUAUAGUGCGUGUUUGUGUGUGUGUGUGUAUGUGAGUGUGGUGGUAUUGCGUGCGCCCGGUGUGUCUUUGGUCUGUGAUCUAACCAUCAGCGAAGGCUUGCUCUGCAACCUGUGAAGUCAACACAACAGCUCAGCAACAAGGAGAGCUCAGCAAGAAAAAAAAGGUUCAAGAUGAGUGAACAAAUGGCUCGGAUGCAGGGCUGCAGUGUGCUCGUGCUGGACGAUAGCGACAAGCUGGUGAACAAGUACGACCACAAGGUGACGGUCGUGUGCAGCUACGAUCCACAGGGUAUGGCCGUGCGGUUGCUGCAGGAAGGUGCCACGCCACCCAAGCAGCUGGAGGAGUACCUGGUGAGCGGGGCGGGCACGACCCAUCUCAGCCGGGGCCACACGUCACACAUGCUGGUGGUCGGAGGGGAGCUGGUGCUGUUCCGGUUCGCGUCCAGGGGCGACUGUCAGCAGUUCCGCAGCCUGCUGCACAAGCUGUCCGGCAAGGUGAACUCAGUAUUCAACCUCCGCACGGAGGACUCGUCCGCGUCGCAGUAUUUCCAGUUCUACGGCUACCUGUCGCAGCAGCAGAACAUGAUGCAGGACUUUGUGCGGACCAGCACGUACCAGCGGGCGAUCUACAACAAUGCGCAAGACUUCCAGAACAAGAUCGUGCUGGAUGUGGGAGCCGGAUCCGGCAUUCUGUCGUUCUUUGCUGUCCAGGCCGGUGCCGCGAAGGUGUACGCGGUAGAGGCCAGCAACAUGGCGCAGUACGCACAGCAGCUGGUCAGCUCGAACAAUCUCACCGAUCGGAUAAUCGUGAUCGCGGGCAAGAUCGAGGAGAUUGACCUGCCGGAACGGGUGGACGUCAUCAUCUCCGAGCCGAUGGGCUACAUGCUGUACAACGAGCGCAUGCUCGAGACGUAUCUGCACGGCAAGAAGUGGCUGAAGUCGGACGGCAAGAUGUAUCCGUCCCGGGGCGACCUGCACGUCGCCCCGUUCACCGACGAAGCGCUCUACAUGGAGCAGUAUAAUAAGGCUAACUUCUGGAUGCAGACCGAGUUCCACGGCGUGAAUCUGGUGGCGCUGCGCGACGCAGCGAUGAAGGAGUACUUCCGCCAGCCGAUCGUUGACACGUUCGACAUACGCAUCUGCAUGGCGAAAUCGAUCCGGCACACCACGAACUUCCUAACGGCGGACGAGAAGGACCUGCACCGGAUUCAGAUCGACGUCGAGUUCCACAUGCUGGAGACGGGCACGUGCCACGGGUUGGCGUUCUGGUUCGACGUCGAGUUUGCCGGCACCUGCUCACAGAUCUGGCUGUCGACGUCGCCGACCGAGCCGCUCACGCACUGGUACCAGGUGCGCUGCCUGCUGCAGACGCCCAUCUUCGUGAAGCAGGGCCAGGUACUGUCGGGCAAGGUGGUGCUGGCAGCAAACCAGCGGCAAAGCUACGACGUAGAAAUCGACCUCAAGCUCGAGGGUACGAUGAUCAGCUCCUCGAACACGCUCGACCUAAAGAACCCCUACUUCCGGUACACUGGCGCACCGGUUGCGGCACCGCCCGGCUCCAACACCACCUCACCGAGCGAAGCGUUCUGGAGCCAGCUGGACGCACAGGGCGCACGCAAUGCGGUCAACCUCGUCAACGGCAUCACGGUGAACGGGCUCGGCGAGGUCGACAUGUCUUCGACAAUCAUCAACACCAACCUGAUGGCGAUCGGUGGCGGUGCGAACGGUGGCGGCCCUGGCGGCCAUCAGCCGAACAUUCAUCCGGGACUUAUUUCGAGCACGGGAAGACAGCAGCAGCAGCAACAGCAGCAACAUCAGCAGGCCGCAGUCGGUCCGCAGCAGCAACAGCAGCAACAAUCGACUACGGCCCAGCAGCUGGCAAUGACACCACCGAUCGGUUGUGCGGCCACCUCCACGCAGAACGUCGCCCAGCAUCAGCUGAUCGGUGGCGCUAUCUCACCGUCCCUGUUUACCUCUCCCGCUCAACCCAUCCUCAACAGUCACCAUCAUCAUCCGGGCCAGCCGAUUCACGGCAACCAGUUCUACUAGGAAUACAUUCGUGCCCAGGGCAGGAGUGAGAUAUUUGUCUAGUCAGUAAAGACAAAGCAUGGCCCUGGACAGCGAUACAAUCACCAUGCGGCAGACAGGCAUACCUUAUACCACCACACCUUCAUCUACGUAACUAAACCAAACUAAACCAACUCAAUCGGUUAGGUCCCUGGGGAGCAGUUUGUUGUUUGAGUAGUGAGAGAAAGCGAGAUUCCCAGUACCCGUCCUCAUGGUGCAUUAUUUCCUCCCCUAAAUUUUCUGCUAUUUUGUAUUUCUUUUUGUAAACAUAUUUUCAUAUUUUCUGUUGAAUGUUUUUUUUUUAUAAGCGAUUCAUCGAACGAUUGCUUUGAAUGAUCUCUGUAUAUGUCCAUCUGUCUCUCUCGAGUGUUGGAUUGUGGUUAAGCCUUCAGUUCAGAACGUUUUCCCCCGCUCCAAGUAAACGAAAACACAAUUUACUCAACUAAAAAAUACUAUAUUGAGCUGCUAGGAACGUUGCAUGUGUGUGUGUGUGAGAGUUUAGAGAUCAGCAUAAACUCUAGGAGCAGUAAGACAAGGAAAAGCGCUCUCUAGUGUUAGCAGCUUAACGAAAGCUUUCUCCUGUGUAGGAAUGCGCUCAGAUUUAGCAAAAUAAAACAUUUGCUGUGCUCGUUACGAUGCAACAGAGAUCUUCCAGUAAGUUAGGACUACCAAUGGAUAAUAACCGGCAGAUGUGUGUGUACGACGCCAACCGGAAACGGGGCCGAACUGCUUGAUUCUUUUUUGGUUUUGUGAACCGCCACGGGGUUCGGUAUCUUUGUCAGGAAGGGCGCGCAUAGCGCGAAACACUUUCUUUGAUACACCGCCGGAAGAGCACACUAAAAGGAAAGACUAAAAGAGACUAAAAGUAAGCAAUUUUACCCCAUACCGGAUAGUAUAUCGAGAACUAUUUCAAUCGAUAGAGUUUAAAACAACCACUAGAACUAUGAGACAGAAGUGUGUUUCUAUGUAUGUGUGUGUGUGUAGGGCAAAGUAGUAGAAUGGAACUGUGCAUAAUGCGGUUCCGUUGCGCGUAGAGGAAGGCGAAUGGCAAUGCAUUGAUGGAAGAUUGUGUUUCUGCAGUGCAACCGGCAAAUGUUUAUGUUCCUUUUGGGCGCCGCUAUGCGCGUUGAUCUACAAGCAAUCGAUGAGAGUUGGCUGUAGAAGAAGCAGCAGGAUUGUAGAUUACCAACAGCGAAAAAGAUGUUGCGCGGAUGCUGCAGGCAAUACAGUGCGCAACCGGGAAGGGCGUUGAGUGAGACAUUAAUAAAGUAAGCCAGCCAUGAUGCAAUUACCGCACAAAACGCUUUACCGAAGGGCGGGAAGGAGGAUACAGAUAAUGCAAUAACGAAGAUAACGGACGAAAGAAUGGGUAUUGAAGCACACCACCGAUUGAGACACACAUCAUUUUACAAUGGUUCCCCAAAUACAUCGUUUAACUUCAUCUCCUAAA